AUCGUGUGUCUUCGUGCAUUUUUUAUACUUAAAUUUGAAGGGCAUACUGCAUUGCAUUAUCCGAUUGAAAAUGCUGGGAAUAAUCAAACUGUAGCAUUUGCUUUUUUAUUUUUUGAAACCUCAAAAUGAUAGUAAAAAAAAAUCAGUAUACCACAAUGAUAGUUAUUUAUGGAAUUCAAGUGAAGAUGCUACCGUUCAUAAAAGGUGCUUUAUGAAUAGUAACAUGAUAUUACCAUGAAAGAUGCUUUAUGAUUAAAAUUUUCUUACUAUGUAAUAGUCAAAAUACUCAUAAACAUUAAAAGACUCGAUUAAAAUUUUUUUUUUACAAAAUAAUAAAAAAAAGCUAAUCGUGGCACUUCAGUUUUAUAAAGCAAUGCUUUCAAUUUUUUUUUAAUGAAUGCUUUUGUUGCUGUUGAUUCAUUUGUCUUCGUCGUAAAGUGUAGGCGAAAAAUUACAAAGGUAGCAUAUUAAUAAUCUUUUGACGUAGAUUGGAGAAUGGUGUCCGUUUUAAUUUUUUUUUCUGACGCUCUAAUUAUAAGCAAAAAUAUAUUUAGGUAUUUUUUAACUUUAAAAAAUACUCGAAUAGUUACUAAAAAUUCGUUUAGAUUAUCAGGAAAAAACUUGUGAAUUUUUUUUAAAAGCGUUAUUCGAAAGUUUUUUUUUAUAAAAUUGUAUCAAUAAUUCUUACUCAAAAGUAUACCAAUAAUUAAUUUUGUAAUUUCAAUAAUGACUAAUUGUUUUUCUUAAUUUAAAUCUAAAUAAGUGCACAUUUGAAGAUUGGUUGGAAGCGGCAUGUUUAUAAAAUUUUAAUACAGGAAAAACAACGGUGUUUCAUUUUGUACUUCGUAAUCAUAAAUUAUUAAAAUGCUAAAUAUAAUAUUUUCACUUAUUUUGACUUAAAUUAUUCUAAAAUAAUGAGAAAAAUUUAAAAAUUCCAGUUAAAAAAUUAACGAUUUAAAAUAUUGUAGUGUAAAAUAAGUGAAAGAGUAAGAGUGCAUCAGUACAGGAAUAAAAAGUAUUAAAAAUUAACAAAACAAAAAAAUUUUCUUUUAUGAGCACCUAUUAUAUUGGGUAUGGGUUGAUAAGGAGUUGAAUUUCCAGUUUUGUUUGUAAAAGAGGGAAGAGAUAACACCACUAUCUUUAUCACUUUUUAAGGUUGGCUCCAAGAUUUACAUGCAAACAAAAUGGCUCAGUUUGAGUAUGUUGAAUCAAUUCGAGGUGGUAAAUUAGUUUUACUUAAUGAUUUCUUAUUUAGAAUAAGGAGGAAACAUAGAACGAAAAUAUAUUAUAAAUGUAUUUCAGAUGAUUGUAAAGCUUCCUUAAUUCUAGAAAAUGAUCAUAUAGUAAGUCAUAAAGCUCAGCAUACCCAUGCGCCUGAUAAGGGUAAAAUUGUAAGAAAAAGUUUUUACAAUGAACUGAAAAAAAGAUGUAGGACAGAAUUCUCAACACCAGUGCCCAGUAUAUAUAGAGACACAGUAGCAAAAUUUGCUUCAACCCUAGAGUUGGCGUCAUACCUGCCAAGUAAAAAUGCAGCAAUGGCACCCAUGUACCGGGCUAGGUCAGAUGCUUUGCCUCCAAUGCCAACAACUCUGGAAGAAAUUAUACUGAUAGAUGACUGGAGAAAAACAAAAAAUGGAGAAGACUUCCUUUUAAUUGAUGAAAGAUAUGGAGAAAACAACAGAAUACUGGCAUUUUGCACAAUGGAGGCCCUAAAUAUUUUGUGUUCUUGUAAUAAGAUUUUUAUGGAUGGGACAUUUAAAAUGGCCCCAAGACUUUUUACACAAAUCUAUACCAUUCAUGGGGCAUAUGAGGGGAAAAUAUUUCCAUUACUUUACAGCCUUUUACCAGAUAAACAGAAAUGUACAUAUAAGAGACUGUUUUCUGAAAUAAAACUUAAGGCUGAGAGUAAUGGAUUGGUAUUUUGCCCCUCAUAUGCAAUGAUGGAUUUUGAAGUAUGAAUGCCUUAAAAGAAGAGGUUCCAUCUGUAAAGAUUAAAGGAUGUCAUUUCCACUACUCGCAAUCAAUUUGGCGAAAAGUAAGUUUUAAUUUUUCACUACUUUUCGCAGUCACAGAACAAAUAUGUAUUUGGCAGUCACCCCGCCAGGUGACUUAAUCAAAAAUGCUAAGCCAAUGGAUCAAUAAAUUCGACUGUAAAACACCACAUUGUUUCUGGUUUCAUUGAAUCUUGCAUUAUUAAAAACAAGUUAUGAUUCAUACAUAAAUGGCUGAUAUAAUAAGGUUAAGAAACACAAACAAGUGUUGCACUAAACAUAAUUAAAUGUAAGUUUUACAGAUGCAAAACAUAUAUGCUUACACUACAACAUGAAUGCAUUUCAAUUAUAAGUAUCUUAUUUAGUGAAACGUAAAGAAAGCACCAUUAAGAAAAAAUCUAUAUAAUAUUAAUUUAAAUAUAAGUAAUAUUAGUAAGAUAGAUGGUAAAAAAUUCUU